CUACUACAACACAGCGUCCGAAACUGGAGCUGAUAUAUCCAUUCCCCUGCUUCUUGACAGCUAGCUAGCUAGCUACCUGCGUCCAUGGAGACCAAUGCCUGCGCUGCUGCUCUGCUCGCCGAGCUCAGCCAAGCCAAGGAGCUGCUCAAGGAGCUGGAGUUAAAUCUGCAUUGCCUUGACCUCUGCAAGGCUCUAACUCCCAGGAUCGCUUCCUCCAUCCACAACUCGUUUCUCAUGGCCGAAUCAUUCAGCACUAAAGCCGGCCACGAUCAGUCUCUGUUCUCCUCGCUCGACCUGCGACCUCGCACCUUGACGCCCAGAAGAAGGAUGUCGCUGCUGCGAUCAUGGAGGUGCCAGGUGAGGCUGAGCUCGGUGUCCGGCGGAGUGAAAGGCCAGGGGGAGGACGACGGCUUCACAUGGAGGAAGUAUGGCCAGAAAGAGAUUCUCGGAGCUAAAUAUCCAAGGGCCUAUUUCCGGUGCGCUCAUCGGGCCUCGCGCGGAUGCCCCGCGAAGAAGCAGGUGCAGCGAUCGGACGACGACCCCUCGGUCUACGACGUCACCUACCAUGGGGACCACACUUGCCUCGAGCAGCACGAUCAGGAACAGAGUGCGGCGGCGCUGAAAGUUGAAGGAGAGGAGGAGUACUUUGUGGGGCAGAUUGCGCCUUCCUUUGGGCCCAUGGAGGAGCAAUUUUUCUCUUCUUCGCCGUACCAGUUUGGGAGCUUUCAUGGAGCAGAGAGCAGUUCGCUUCCAAUGGAGUUUGAAGGUGACGGGGAGAUCGACCCUGUCAGCAUCUGGGCAGGAGUGGAAUGGAUGGCAUAGUGUGUGAUUAGAUUGCAGAAAUUGUGGUGUUGGUUGUUGGAUUGUUGUUUAAACUGAGAAAAAAAAUAGUAAAGCAUUAUGUAAUCUUAUAAUUCCAUGUAAUCAGUGAUCCUGUCUGGAAGCUGAGAAAACGAACCUGCCGGUGUGACGUGUCUGGAAGGUUGACCGCAUCCCCAUGAACCGGUGGAUGAUCUGUCCGCUACGUUGACCGAGUCGUCUGGAGUCCUCCUCCGGUCAACUGUACCUGUAUCC